AUGAAAAAGAGAGUAGCACUUUGUGUUGCAGAAAAGCCAACUGUAGCUAAGUCUGUAGCUGAGUUUCUAUCAAGAGGUAGAGCUUAAAAGUUUAUUUCUAUUUCCAAAUACAAUCCAGUGUUUGAAUUUGACUAUGCUAUUCAGGGUUAGCCUUAUCUACUCAGAGUGACCUCUGUACUUGGACAUGUAAUGAACUAUAAGUACCCUGAUACUUGCAAGAAUUGGCAAACUACUGAUUAUGAUUUACUUUUCUAAAUACCUUUGGAAAAAUUUGUAAUGGAUAGCAAUAAAUAAGUAGUGAAAAAUGUCUAGUAAGCUUGUCGAGAUGUUGAUGAACUUCUACUGUGGUUAGAUUGUGAUCGUGAAGGUGAAGCUAUUGCCUUUGAUGUAUUAAAUUCUUUCUCAUGUCAUAUAAUUUAGGUUAUUGACUUAUGUAGGAAAGUUAAUAGAAAUUUGUAAGUAAAAAGAGCACAUUUUUCAGCUUUGACAAGAGAAGAUAUUGAGAGAGCAGUUCAAAAUCUAGUACAGCCUAAUUAGCAUCUAAGUGAUGCAGUGAGAGUUAGAUAAGAGAUUGAUUUAAGGAUAGGGGCGAGUUUUACGAGAUUAUAAACUCUAAAUUUUAAAGAUAUUCUCACUGGAGGAAACUAGCAAAUGCAGCUAGUAAUAAGUUAUGGGCCUUGCUAAUUUCCAACUCUCGGCUUUAUCGUUGAAAGAUUUAAAUAGAUAAGGGAUUUUACACCUGAAAAAUUCUGGAGUCUUUCCUUGAAAAUAUCUAAAAGAUGUCCAGAUAAAUAGGAAGAAGUUAAAUUUUCCUGGUCUAGGGAUAGAAUCUUUGAUAAAUUAACCUGCUUGAUUCUUCACGAAAAAUGUCUAGAUCAUGGGAGAGCUAAAAUUAUAGACAUAAAUAAAAAUAGAAGAACUAGAGGAAGGCCAGUUCCCCUGAAUACAAUUGAGGCUUAAAAGUUGAUUUCAAGAAAGCUAAAAAUCGCCUCUGCUUAGGCAAUGGAAAUAAUGGAGAAACUUUAUUAGAGAGGUAUCUUGUCAUAUCCACGUACCGAAACUAAUACAUUCAAUCCAACUAUCAAUUUGAGAAACAUAGUUAAUGAACUAAGCAAAAAUGAUAGCUUCGGAGAAUUUGCUAACAGAGUUGCAAGCGGUAGUAUGUGGGGUGGUCCUAAGAAUGGCAAGUUAGAUGACAAAGCGCAUCCUCCUAUUCACCCUGUUAAAAACGCAAAUAAAAGUGAAUUGGGAUUUGAAGAGUGGAAAGUAUAUGACCUAAUUGCGAGACAUUUCUUAGCUACUAUAUCUAAGGAUGCCAUAGGUUCCGAGACUAAAAUUGAUCUAACGAUAGGAGAUGAACUUUUUACAGCUAAAGGGCUCAUUAUUGAAGAGAAAAACUGGCUUGAAGUAUUUACCUUUGAUACAUGGAGCGAUACUUAUUUACCAUAAAUGGUAAAAGGGGAAUAGUUUGAUAUUAACAAUAGAAAUCUUACAAUAGCAGAUGGUGAGACAUAGGCUCCACCACUCUUGAGUGAAUCAGAUCUAAUCACAAAAAUGGAUUAAAACGGUAUUGGAACUGACGCUACAAUACAUGAGCACAUUAAAACUGUUUAAGAGAGGCACUAUGCUUAUAAAUAGAAUUAGUCAUUCAUUCCAACUCCAAUGGGCAUUAACUUAAUUGAGGCUUACGAGCAUUUAGGACUUGAACUGUAUAAACCUUACUUAAGAGCUUAAAUGGAGAUAGAUAUGAAACUUAUAGCUUAAGGAGCAAAGGCAAAAAGUCAAGUCCUGAUUGACUGUAUCGCUGAGAUGAAGAGAAUUUUUGAUAAAGUUAAUCAGAGCUGUUAAACAAUGAAGUUGUUCUUGCUAGAAAGAAUGAGAGACAGUAGUUAAGUAAUAAGUAACUUGGCAAGAAUUCAGCAAACUGCUUAAAGCGCAGGCAAUGAUAACAAUAGUAACUAAAGAGAUUUUAGAAAUAACAACAAUAACUAUGGUGGGAAUAAUACGUACCCUAAUAACGGGAACAAGAAUCUUGGAGAAAAAAAUAGUGGAAACAAAUUUAACAAGGGCAACUCAAAUGUUGAAGAAGAGAAAACCAAUCGUUUUGGAGGUGGAACAACAGCAGCAGCCCAGACAGUUAAUCCUAACAUGAAUUUACAAAACACAGACUUUGCAACUUGUCCUCAGUGCAAAAAGCAUAGACUCAAAAUAAAAUUAGCUAAUAAAAAUGGACAGUUAUUCAUUGCAUGUACUGGAUUUCCAGACUGCAAAAUGACUAUGUCAUUUCCAAAAGCACUUGAAAAUAUAAGCAUGACUGAUGAAGUUUGCAGUGAGUGCUUAAAGUUCCAAAAGCAGAAGGUUAUGAAAUUCAAACUCGAUUUCGUUACAGAGUAUGUGAAUGAGAUAAUGCAAGAAGUGUUACCUCAUGAUGAUAAUACCUCUGGAGUCUUUUGUGUGCUACAAGGUUGUGACCCUUCAUUUAAAGUAUUAAUAGAUGCCACUUAUGGUUUUCAUAAUAAGAGGACGUUUGAUAAUGCAUUCUAGAAAAAUCCUAAUGGAGUACCAAAUUACUACUAUUAAAAGCCAUAAAAUCUACCUGCCUAAACUAAUAGCAAUCUAGCAGGCUCAAAGAAAAGAAAGAAGAUUGAUAAUGAUGGCUUGUACUAGCCAAUACCUAGUUCAGGUGAUUCUUAUGAGGCAAGAGAUGCCAAUCCUACUAAUUGGUAAAAUAAAGAGAAUAAUAAUAAAAAUAACUAAGGUGGUGGUAGAGCUCCUUGUACAAUAUGCAAUAGAAAAAAGCAUGUCAAGACUAGUAAUUGUCCCAAUAAUAAGAAUAAAGCGUGA